UUCCAAAUGUAUGUAGACGUGCAAAGUUGCUGUACAGUUUAGCUGUAAGUAAAAGAAGUGACAACGAUGAUGAUGAAAAUAAUGCCCAAAAUCGAGGAAAUGCACUUCAGCUACCAGAAUAUUCCAGUUUACAAGAAUUGAUCGCACUUGUAAAUAAGGAGGGAAAUGAAAUGAUUAUUGAGGAAAACGAAAAUUACAAUCCAAAUACCAGGACAGAACUAGAUGAAAAUAAUGCUCAAGAAAACCAUACCAAGCAGGAAUUGAUUGCACUUGCAAUUAAAGAGUAUGAUACUGAAAAUGAUAUGAUUAUUGAUGACAAGGAAAAUUACAAUCCAAAUACAACAAUUGCAAUAGAAGAAAAUAAUCAUGCACAAGAAAAUUAUUCUGAACAGGAACUGAUCCAAAUUGUAUGUGAAGAGGAUGAUACAGAAAAUAAUUUAAUGCAUAAUAUAUUAAGUGGAGAAAAUUACAAUUGAAGUGUCCUUGUAAUUCAGAUGCCAGAGGACAACAAUGUUCAGGGAGAAAAGCAUCUUUCACUGGAGUGCAGUGAAGAUGUUGAGCCAGGAAAUCUGACUAUCAUCAAGGAACUCUACCCAGAGAUUGGUGAUGAUAUUGGCUAUCAGGACAUCAGUGAUGGGGGUGGUAGUGAUGGAGAUCACAACGACAACAAUGAUGAUAACAUUAUUCUGGAUCCAGAUUAUUGUGCAGACAAGGAUGGAAGUGCUGAGUCUACAUCAUCUGACGAUGAAGAUACCUCUCAGUUGAGGAUUACACUACAAGAAGGAUGUGAUGGUGUUUUGGUUGAAGCAGUGGCAGAAGAAACAAAUCAGUUGGAGGCAGUAUCUGGAGAAAAUAAUAGGAUUACAAGGAAGAGACCAAGGAGGAGUGAGCUGUGGAAAAAGAAUACAAGAAAACGUAAAUUGAAUAAUGGGGAAGAAUACAUCAAUUCUAUGGGACAAGAAUCUCAAGGUCUGCUCCAAGAAUGGAACUGCAAAGAGCAUUUGACGGUCCACUAA